AUGGGCGGAAAGAAGAGCUACCAGAACUAUGGCAAGACGUUCCGUAAGCCGAAGCGCCCUUUCGAGAAGGAGCGCCUGGACUCCGAGAUGAAGAUCGUGGGCGAGUACGGCCUGAAGAAUAAGCGCGAGGUGUGGCGUGUGCAGUACGCCCUGGCCAAGAUCCGCACUGCGGCCCGGCACCUGCUCACGCUCGACGAGAAGAGCGAGCAGCGCAUGUUCCAGGGCGAGGCGCUGCUCCGUCGCAUGAUCCGCAUCGGCCUGCUGAUGGAGAGCGAGAAGAAACUGGAUUACGUGCUCGGUCUCACCAGCGCGAAGAUCAUGGAGCGCCGUCUGCAGACCAAGGUCUUCAAGCUCGGACUCGCGAAGUCGAUCCACCACGCGCGCGUGCUGAUCCGCCAGCCUGGGCGCGUGCGCCGCAAGAUGAUGCAGAAGAAGGGCGGCGACAAGGAUGGCCGCAGUGCUCCGCUGCCCCGCCUGUCCUGCGUGUCCCUCGUGUACGUGUCCUACGGUGAGCUGUGCAUUGACCUGCGCGGGGCCCGCCAGUACCAGCCAGUUGAGGUGCACGAGCGUGACUGGCUGGGUAUAUCAAUCGCUUUCCUCCUCGGCAUCGCUCUGUUGCGGUGUUGGGACAGGGCUGGCGGAACAGUCUCCAGGGAACGGAUACGUGGCGACGCCCUCCAGUUUUCGAGCGUGAUGGAGCGCUCAUUGGGCAUCAAAGGGCUUCAAGUGCUGGUACACUUUCCCGACGAUGCCAAUGGAUUCUACUGGCAUAUGAGGAUCUUACUUGUUAGAGCUGGUGCUGCAGGCGUCUGGGUCACGCUGACGCCGACGCUGGAUCUCUUCACUCAUGAUCUCAGUCGGAUCCGUCACAUCGUGCUGGCGCGAAAUGCGCCUUGGCCGGCCCGAGUCAAUAGGAAUGAUAUUUUCGGUUUCGAUCCCAUCACGAGGGUCGAGUUCAACCAGUUCGUCCAACUGGCCAAGGUGCAGGCACGCGUGCUGGCGGAUGACGACAUGGAGGCCGAGGCUCCCGACCUAGUCUGGUUGCGCGCUGGCCUUGGCCUCAAGAGGCUGGGGGAGGUCGUGCCGCAGGAGGUGGUCGACGGCCAGGAGCGCUUCACCGAGAUCGGGGACUCGGCCGUGGCGGAGGUGAACGGUGCUGUGAUCUGGGCCGCCCGUGUGAAUGCAGGCGACCGUGAGAGCUGGAUCAAAGAGCGUCAGGCUGUUGAACGUGAUGACAGGACCAUCGGCGUGCACCUGAGGAAUGGGAAGCGCUACAUCAUGCUCAAGGAGGCUCUGGCGUUGUACUCGCAAGUGAGCUAUGACGACUGGGGUUUUCCUGGACCUCGCCUCGCGAUGGAGUAUCUCGGCCUGGUCGACCAGGCGGGAGGCUUCGAGGUGGACCAGGUGGACGCGCCCUACCUUCAGGGGGUCGAGAACCUCUGCCGCCGACAGGUGCAGUUGGAGAUGGCUGUGGAGCGGAACCCGUCGCAUCCCGACUUCGGGCUCGAGGAGUGCAUGGGCGGUGCAGUCACCGCCUCAGGGGCGGCCAGCGUCGUCUCUUUCCGUGACUGGGUCGCUGGGCGGCAGAAGGAUGAGGAGGCCCCGCUCCUCCGCCGGGAGCUGCCCGCCAUGCAGUUCAUCGGCGACUUCUGGGCGAUCGGCGACAUAGUGUGCUUUUUCCUCUGCCUCGAGUCGCCGUGCAUCGGCGACAUCACCAGCGCGGGGCUGCGCGCGGCCGCGCAGAUCCUUCGCCACUAUGACACGCAGAUCGAGCGGAGCACCGAUGAGCUAUUCAGUCUUGCACCGGAGAUGCUGGAGCCGCACAGGGGCCCUACGCUGCGACGCUCGCCUGCCAAGCGACGACACCUGUUCAAGCACCUGGCUGGUAUUGGGCUGGCCUGCUUCAGUUACAGGCGGCCGCCCACCGUGCAGCUAGGCUCUGCACGGGCCAUGGUUAACCUUGACUUGUCCGACGACUUCCUGAGCCAAUGCGGGGGAUAUGGUGGCACGGCAUCCGUGCCCGUCCUCGCUGGCGACGCCGACGUCGACGACGGCUCCUACAACUUCUCGAAUGUCCAACUCGCCUCUUGGUUCUGCAUGGGGGCGGGCUACACCGCGGACGACGCUCAUGAGGUUGGGAUUCAGCAGCUCUUCAUCUGCUUCGAGGGCCUGUGCAUGGGGUGGUCAUGGUCGCUCUACUUGUGCCAGAAGUUGUUUGAGAAUCUUGUCGCAGCACAACGCCCGCUCGGCCUCGAGGGAGUGCCGAGGGAUAGAACGCCCGCUCCUGAGCUGGCCCCUGGCGUUUUGCGCAGAGGGGGUCUACGUUGA